AAUAAGGUAGAAGUUGAAAAGGUAAUAGCUCGCUCAUUAUUGUUCAAAGAGCUCGAAGGUGAGGGCAAGAAGAUUCUGAAAAUCUUUGGAGACAGCGAGCUUGGACUCCUGGAACAAGAAGAGGAUCGAAUCCAGUGGAAUCACAGACUCCCAAAGGUCUGUGCAGAAGGAUUCCCUUUCUCGGAUCUAGCGACUAGAUUGAAGACAGCGCCUUUAGACUUGGCGAAGCUUCUUGUCAACGACAAGAAACUCACCCAGAAGUACGGCGAGCAAGUUGAUGUGCAACGAAAAGACGGAGGUGCUCCUGAUGAUGAUGCCGCUGGCCACGAUGAAGAUGUGGACCUCUAUUGGACGAUUCGGCAGCCUGUGUCUCAUCUUCAAGUUCAAGAUAAAAACAAGACUACAUCUUCUCGUCCGCGGACAUCCUUUCGCGCCGUUCCGCAAUGGAAACGUCGCAGUGACAGCCGCGGUUCGCCAUGUACUUCGGUAUAUCUCCAAUUCGCUGAAGAGCAGCAACGGGACGACAGGGAAAGAGCGCUCCUUCGCGCAAAAGACGAAGAUAUGAUACUUGUAGAGAACGCCGUCCACCGUGCUCUCGGCCUGGACCUGCCUCCUCUACUGAAGUCGCAGGGUCGACCUCGACGGUAUGUCGGUGGUGUUGCUUCAUGGAAGAUCGCGAAAAAUGGAGAGCUUUUUGACCUUCAAACAUCGAUGAAGCACGAGCUGACAAUGGAGCCGCCUCGUCCAGGAGGUUCUAGUUACUAUGGUCUCAAGUGGUGGCAAUUUCCACCAUUGAAUCAUGUUGAGGCUCUCGCUACCGCAUAUAACAACGGCGAGUUUUGGAAGCAGGCCUCGAAAGUUGUAGAUACGGAACAAGAGGACGCUUCUGUACUUCUUGCGCUGGCACAUUGUAACGGGCUCGCAUUAUGGCGCCACGUGCAGUUCCAAGAGGACCAAGUAACCGUGCCUGGGCUUGCUACCCAUUUGGUAGAGAAAUAUAACAGGAAAUAUCUUCAAUAUUACGAUGAAAAUCAUAAUCAGCUCCUAGAUCAUUCUUGCGCAGGAGCUGGCAAUGGCAAGGGCAUGAUGAACAAUAUGAAAGAGGAAAACGUUCUUGGUGAAGAAGGCAGCUCCAACAUCAAAGUGGAGGGAUUUUUCUAUAACAAGCUAGCACUGCAAGGAACGAGAUUGGCGCGGUGGUAUAGCUUCCUCAUGGGUGACUCAGACCUAAAGGCCCUCCGUAUUUUGAGCAAGAAAUAUGGAAUACCUUUGCGUGAGGAUGCGGAUUGGGGCAUGGCCUUGACUGAGUGGGCAUCUGCCUCAGAAUCAGAACUGGACCAGCACAGAGAUUAUCUCAUUUACCCUUCCCAGAAAUUUUUCAAAGAAUUCGAAGACACGCACUAUCCAGUUGUCGGAGGACGAAAACACGCUGGCGCAGGAGAAAAAACAGGUGGGAAUUCUGAAGAUUCAUUCUGUAAAAAGAAGAAGGUGAAAAAGGACUAUUACGUGAUCGUGUUGGAGGGUAACGGCGCUCAUUGGGCUGGUUACAGUCAAGUAAUGCGAUAUGAUAGUAAUGCGGAGGGGCCCCAGCUUAGGGCCUACCGGGCCAAAGACCUAACCAGACAAGAAGCACAAAACUGGGCGAAAGAUGUUGCUGGUGAACUCCUUGCAGCGAUCCUGUUAAGUACUUCUAGUUCGAGUUCGUCAGAUUCAGAAUGCGACUGAAUGUUCUUGAUGACACACAAAAAGUGGGAGGCUGAUAGCUUGUGCCCACACAUGCUAAUAAGGCUAGUUCAAACCACAUCCUAGUGGAACGAACAAUAACAAUAAGGCCAUCAACAUUCUGAUUAUGAGAAGAGUAAUAAGGUCGAGUUAUCUCGGGUUGUUUAUCUCCAAGUCAGUCUUCUACCAUGGUGGACCACGUCACUUCACGACUGGUAGCGGGACUGGAGGAGAACAAACUCCUCACUAAUGACCCUACUUCUCUGCCGGUCCUAGUUGACAUUUGGUAAGACCAAGUACAGGUCUGGCCUGGCCUCUUCUUCCAAAGUCUCAACUACGAGAUGUGCAAAUAACUCUGUAUGCUUUCGUUCUCAUUAAGUAAGACUGCACUGAGCAAAAAAGGAACGCAAGAUCUAAGAUGAAGAAAAAGAAGUACUGAAAUACCAUAGAGGUUGACGAUUGUUACACACUGUAAUACCAUAAAUUGAUAUUUUUAUUCAUUCGA